AUGUAGUAUACAGCAAUUAGCAAUUGCAAAUUGAUAUCACCUUACACAGAAUAGGAGAUAAACUCUAAGGGGUUAAAUAAUUCAAUUUCAGAAAUGAGUCCAAUGAAGGUAGAAACUUCUAACCCAGGUAUUUCAACAACUCAGCAGUUAGUCUCUCCUCAAAAAUUUAGUCGGACAACUAUGAGAAUCAAUUCAAUUCCACUCGAAUAAUUACAACCACCAGAUUUACCAGAAUCUGAAGAAAUAUUAUCAAUUGAUAAAUAAAGAGAAAACUAAGCUGUACUGAUUAAAAAGAAAUCGCCAUUUGCUAAAUUGAUUACUAAUUGCCAUUCAUUAAAGUUUGCGAAUAAAAUGAUUAGCUUUAUAAGGCCAGAUUGUAAAUUUUCUCAAAAAUAACAUGAAAUUUUAAACGAUUAAGCAAGUUCAUACAUGUAAUAGAAAGGAAAGAUAAGUGGUAAUUUUCUACAAUAAAAUAUCAAUACAAUAGAUUUAUAGAUAAGAAUUAAAAUAAGAACGUGGAAAAAUGGUGUAGUAAAUAAAUUGUCUGGAUGUUUUUCUCAAUUAUAUAAUUAUAUUCCAUUAAUAGAACCAAAUAAUAUUAUGAAAUUAAUAUGGGACUUUUUGCUUUGUCUGAUACGUAUUUAUUUGAUAAUCUGGUCACCCAUCAUUAUAUCAUUUCCAUUUUUGUAGAACGAUCACGCUAAUUAUUUUAGAAUUAGUUGUGUAUUUCUUGCAUUCGACUUGGUGAUAAGAAACUUUACUAUUUAUUUUCAUAAAGGAUUACCGGUUAAGAAUCGGUAUCAAUUAUUUAAAAAGCAGCUCAAUUUUGGUUUGGCAAUAGAACUAGGGAGUAUUUUAUUUGGAAUACUAGUAUCUCUAGAUUAUUAAUUAAGCACAUGGUUUUUUAUGUUGUUUUAUUAUUAAUUGAGAAACAUAAUGAAAUUGGUGGAUAUUAUUCAGUAUAAUUUAAAACCUACUAAAAUGGUCAGUUCUGUAAUAGAUCUAUUUAAAUUGAUAGCCACAGUGUUAUUAAUAUAGCAUUUCUGCGGUUGUUUAUGGUAUAAACUAUAUAAAUGAUUUCAUAGGUUAAAAUUAGGAUAAUAUUACGAUAGUCAAGGUUAAAUAAAUUGGAUGAUGGAGGUAAGGAAUGAAAGUUGGUAAGUUCAAUUUCUUGAGUCUUUCUAUUUUAUGAGUGUAACCAUGUUUACUGUAGGGUAUGGAGAUAUCACGCCUACAAGUAUAUUAUAAAUAUAAUUAGAUUCANUGUAGAAUAAGUAAAUGAUUUUAUCUAGUAUCUUCAGACAUAUAAUUUAAUUAAAAUGUAGUAUACAGCAAUUAGCAAUUGCAAAUUGAUAUCACCUUACACAGAAUAGGAGAUAAACUCUAAGGGGUUAAAUAAUUCAAUUUCAGAAAUGAGUCCAAUGAAGGUAGAAACUUCUAACCCAGGUAUUUCAACAACUCAGCAGUUAGUCUCUCCUCAAAAAUUUAGUCGGACAACUAUGAGAAUCAAUUCAAUUCCACUCGAAUAAUUACAACCACCAGAUUUACCAGAAUCUGAAGAAAUAUUAUCAAUUGAUAAAUAAAGAGAAAACUAAGCUGUACUGAUUAAAAAGAAAUCGCCAUUUGCUAAAUUGAUUACUAAUUGCCAUUCAUUAAAGUUUGCGAAUAAAAUGAUUAGCUUUAUAAGGCCAGAUUGUAAAUUUUCUCAAAAAUAACAUGAAAUUUUAAACGAUUAAGCAAGUUCAUACAUGUAAUAGAAAGGAAAGAUAAGUGGUAAUUUUCUACAAUAAAAUAUCAAUACAAUAGAUUUAUAGAUAAGAAUUAAAAUAAGAACGUGGAAAAAUGGUGUAGUAAAUAAAUUGUCUGGAUGUUUUUCUCAAUUAUAUAAUUAUAUUCCAUUAAUAGAACCAAAUAAUAUUAUGAAAUUAAUAUGGGACUUUUUGCUUUGUCUGAUACGUAUUUAUUUGAUAAUCUGGUCACCCAUCAUUAUAUCAUUUCCAUUUUUGUAGAACGAUCACGCUAAUUAUUUUAGAAUUAGUUGUGUAUUUCUUGCAUUCGACUUGGUGAUAAGAAACUUUACUAUUUAUUUUCAUAAAGGAUUACCGGUUAAGAAUCGGUAUCAAUUAUUUAAAAAGCAGCUCAAUUUUGGUUUGGCAAUAGAACUAGGGAGUAUUUUAUUUGGAAUACUAGUAUCUCUAGAUUAUUAAUUAAGCACAUGGUUUUUUAUGUUGUUUUAUUAUUAAUUGAGAAACAUAAUGAAAUUGGUGGAUAUUAUUCAGUAUAAUUUAAAACCUACUAAAAUGGUCAGUUCUGUAAUAGAUCUAUUUAAAUUGAUAGCCACAGUGUUAUUAAUAUAGCAUUUCUGCGGUUGUUUAUGGUAUAAACUAUAUAAAUGAUUUCAUAGGUUAAAAUUAGGAUAAUAUUACGAUAGUCAAGGUUAAAUAAAUUGGAUGAUGGAGGUAAGGAAUGAAAGUUGGUAAGUUCAAUUUCUUGAGUCUUUCUAUUUUAUGAGUGUAACCAUGUUUACUGUAGGGUAUGGAGAUAUCACGCCUACAAGUAUAUUAUAAAUAUAAUUAGAUUCAUUGGAGAAGAUGUUUUGUAUUUGUUACAUGUUCUUAUCGACUUUGCAAUAUUCUUAUUCUGUCAACACAAUUGGUCUGAUACUUACUCAAAUGAAAGAGAAUAAUGAAAUGAUUCGAUAAAAGAUGACUUGCAUUAAUGAAUAUUUGCACUGUAAAAAAUUAAGCACAGAACUUUCAAUGAAGGUAAGAGAAUAUUUCAAUUUUUAUUGGAAUUAAGAAAUUAUCCAAAAAAAAAAUGAACAAAUAAGACUUAUAACAUUAUUGCCUGAGAAUCUACAGUAGAAAUUAAAGUUGGAAUCAGCUUCAUCUUUAAUUAUUAAAUGCCCAUAUUUUUCUCAAUUUCCUAAGCCUGCAUUAGAAUGUUUGCUCUAAAGUACAGAGUUUAAUGUCUUUCAGCCUGGAGUUCACAUUAAUGCAUAGGAAUAUAUUUAUAUAAUAGAAAAUGGAAAGGUUGAAGUAAUGCAAGAUAAGGUUUGAUUAUAAAUAUUUUAGAUUGUAAUUGACACACUAAAAGAGAAUUAAUUUUUUGGUUUGCAAGAACUCUUUACGGCAAGUGACAACAUAAACUACAAAUCUGCUGAUUUCUCUAGUCUAUUAAUGAUACCUCGUUCUGAAGUUCUAAAAGUGACAAACAAAUUCCAAUUACAAAUCAUACCAGAAAAGUUUUGUUACAUUUGCCACGAUAAAAGACAUUAUACUAAUCAAUGCAAUGUUGUUCAUUAUAUACCUGAUAUGGAGAAAGUCAUAAUGAGACAUAACUUUCACAAUAUUCAGGAAAGAAGAAAAUUGAAAUAAACAAAAAAAAGUAAAGCUCGAUUUUCUGCAUUAAAUGAAUAAAUUUUGAUAUCAGAUAGUGCUAAAAUAUAUUAAUUAGAAAAUGAUAUAGUUCCUGAAAAUGAUAUUCAAGAACAUCAAAGUUAAGGGUUAAGUAUCCAUUAAAACGGACCUCCUAAAGUUAACGUUGUUACUUUUGAAGAUUAGCAUGCUUAAUUAAAUCCUCCAGAAUGGCUAGUUGAGACCUCAUUUCAUCCUGCUAAAUUCAUGCAACGAACAGGCCUAUUAUAGCAAACUUAGAUUUUAGAUAGCUUUAAGAAUAAAAGGGAAAAAAAGUUAUUAUUAUCAGGGGCAUCCAAUAAGUAAAGUGAUCAAACAGUUCUUUCUGACAAACCAGGAGAUUGCUAAGAAGCCUUAAAUAAAUUAUAAUCUAUCCUUCCUAAAUUGUCACUUAGGGAAUAUGAGAAGUGUUUCUUUCUGAUUAAGAAGCUUGAAGGAGAGUUGGGCUAAACAGAAAUAUCAGGAUUUGAAUAGCUUAAAGAAUUUGAUAAAUUUGAUAGGGAAUGGAAUAUUGAUAGAGUCAUCACUAAAUUGAUGAGGCCUAUAAGAAAGAAUAACGUAGAAAUUUUAAAUUAGUUAAUAAAAAAAUAUUCAAGAUAUCUAUUAUUUCCAUUUGAGUAUAUACGGCUAUUUAAAAAUUCCUUAAUUGAAGAAGAAGAUGUCAAACAAAACAAAUCCUAUUUGGAAUAGGUUAGACAUAGUGUAAGACACUUUCUAAAAAAGAAGGCAACAACAGUAUUCCCAAUUAGAUGA